AUGUCCAUGGUACCUGACAUAAUUGUGGUAGAAGAGGUGGACCAUGAGGACCGGGCAGGCUUGGAGAGGAAAGACAGUGAGGCUGACUUGCCCCCAUCUACUAGGAUUGAGAGGGGAGAGACUAGUGUUCAGAUCACCUUCUGCCCGACAUUGCAAGACCAGUCUGCCUUCUCCAGCUCAGGCGUUGUGGCCAACUUCGUGGGCCACUAGGAUGUGGCAAUGAAGGACAUCAUUAGGGAUGUGUAGGUUUGUGGUGGCUAUUUCAUGUAUUACUUCACCCCCAGAGGCCUCCUGCCUGUCAAGAAGGAUGACAUGGUGUUUGUUAUUGACAUGAGUGGCUCCACUUUUGGUACCAAGAUCAAGCAGACUAAAAAGGCCACGAAUGUGAUCCUCAGUGACCUGUGGGCCAACGACUACUUCAACAUCAUCUUCUUUUCUGACAUGGUUAAUAUCUAGAAAUCUCAAGGCUUAAUCCAGGCUACUAACCAGAAUACCCACAGUGCCAUGGACUACUUGGGUCACAUGGAAGCUGACGGUUAUAAAGUAUUGGACCUAUGGACCGAUAUCAAUGCAGCUCUGCUGGAAGCUUCUUCGGUGCUGAACCAUAGCAACCAGGACCCUGGGAGGGGCCCCAAUGUGGGGAGGAUCUCUCUUAUCAUCUUCCUGAAAGAUGGGGAACCCGUGACUGGAGUGACAACCCUUAGCAUUAUCUUCUCCAACAUCCAUCAGGCUCUAGGCCACAGGGUAUGCCUUUUCAGUUUAGCCUUUGGAGAUGAUGCUGUCUUCCCACUGCUGUGUUGCCUGUCUGUGGAGAAUCAUAGAGUAUCCCGGUGCAAAUAGGAGGGCCCUGAUGCAGCCCUACAGCUUGAGGACCACUACAAGGAGAUGUCCAGGCCUCUGCUGGCAGAUGUGUGUCUGGCCUACCUGGGUGGCUUGGUUGGAGCCUCCUCUCGGGUCUUUUUCCCCAACGACUUUGCUAGCUCAGAGCUGGUGGUGGCAGGCCUGGUGUAGCCAGGUGAGCAGGAUCUAGAUAUCCACCUGGCAGCCUGUGGCCCCAACAGUCAGCUUCUUGUGGCCCACCACAGUGAAGGGGCCACCAACUGCAGCCAGAAGGCCCUCGGUUGCCCAGAAGAGUCAGCUCCCAAUGUGGCCCAUUUCAUAUUCUACCUCUGGGCCUAUGUCACUGUUGGAAAGCUUCUGGAGGCACGCUUCCAAGCCCAUGACACUAUCACUCAUUGCCUGUUGGCUGCCAAACUCUUCAACCUGUCCCUUGAAUACAAUUUUGUCACACCUCAGAUUUCACUGGUCAUGGUGUAGCCCAAGGAGAACAGUCAGGAGGUCAGGGUACAGACCUUCACCACAGCUGUGCAAUCAUGGACCAUCAUGCCCUCACCCAGCAGCAGACGUCUAGGAGCAGGCACACCUCAACGAGCCUUGGUACCCAAGGUCUCUCCAAAAUCAAGGCCUGCAAACCCAAAUUUCUAUUUAUCCUCCACUACUACUGCUUCCACCAAGAAGAUGCCCAGUUCCAAGGAGUUGGAGUCAAUGGGCCAGAGCCCUAGUACCCUACCAAUCCCCAAACCCAAACCAGCAGCCCAACUGGAUUCUAGCACCUUGGCCCAGCUCACUCUCUGGACAAAAUCCUCUGUCCUUACACCCUCAAAUUCUGGUGUUCUAUUGCCUCCCAAUCCCAGAACUCUAUCAUGCCCAAAUCCUGGCAUCAUAUUACCCAUGAAUUCCAAGAUGUAAUUCCCACCUCUGAAUCCUGGCACCCAUGCCCAGCCCAAAGGUGACAAUAUGAAACAUGUUACUCCCCUCUAUUUCAAACCCAGUGCUCCAUCACACCCCCACCUUGGGGUAGGCACUACACAGUCUCCCAAAAGCUUACCCUAGCCCAUACCUUGCGGCUCCACACUUCAGAUCCCCAAGCUCCCAUGAUGCACUAGACCUAGGGUUCCUGCUUCCCAAACUGCAGAUCAUCUGUAGCACCACAGCCUUGGGUUCCUCUUGCCCAAACCCAAAAUCCCAUCACCUCUCAAACUUGGUGCCCCACUGUAUGAAAAUUCCACAAGCUUAUUACUCUCCAGGCGUACACCCCAAACUCUGCUUCCCCCUAAAACUGCUAGACCCACGCUCCCAUAUCCUUAGAGCCUAAGCACAUUCCUUAAUACUGUCCCCAGUCACACAGGUCUCAGCAGUACUGUGACCACCACCAUCCUUGGAGAACCCCUUUCUACCCCAUUUAUUCCCACCUUGUCCACUGGAGGACUCCGGCAUCAGCAUGAUCUGCUGCUGAGGCCUCAGGACACCAGGCAAGUUCUGGGUUUAUCUGGGCCAGGAGUCACAAGAAUGGGCCUACCCAAUAUCUACAGGCCUAUGCUAGAAGGUAGCCCUCCAAACCUUUGAAUCUUACUGCCUUCUAGCACAUUCUCUGAGGCCAUCAUUCUGUUCCUUCUCUCUAAGUAUCUAAAGCUGCCAUCUGAGUCAAUGGUGGAGUACAAGUUAGUGGAGUCCUUGAAUCCACCAGCUUUCUAUACCAUCUUCACUUCUGAUGAACAUGGCAAAUGCCACAGAUAA